UGGGGGCCGCGCGUGUGUGCGGGUUUUCUCUUGGUCUGUGUGUGCGUGUGUAUGUGUUGUGUUUUCCCCUCCAUCCAUUCCUCUGUUCCUCUCCCACCCCCGCACCCCGCGCUCCACGGAUGAAAAGGCGGCAGCGCUGCCCGGCUUGCGGCCACUCACUGCAAAGCCGAGGAGUGUGGAAGGCGCAAGGUGCAGAGUGUGUGUGAGGCGAGGCAGCACAGCAGUAGUAGUGGAAAGAGGAGGAGGAGGAGGAGGCGCGGGGGGAGUGUGGAAAGAAGGGGGGGCAGCAAGCGGAGCUCCGGCCGUCCCUUAUAAGAGACACAAUCUCUGGACCUUUUUUUGGCAAAAGCCGUUUGGCGAAGCGGGCCGCGCACACGCGAGCGCCACGAGCCUCCCUCGGUUCCAAAGAAAGGGGAGGAGGGGAAGCCAAGCGGUGCCAUCGGAGCUCGCUCUGCGCUCUACCUCCGCGAGCCUUUCCCCCCCUUCCUUCCAGCCCUUUCCCGGCGCUUCAGGCCAGCAAAAAGCCGUGAGCCCCGCCGCGCGCCUUUCCUCCCUCGUGCGGCCGCCCAAUGGCCAGCGGCAGCCCCGCCAAGAUGGACAGCAGCGCCAGCCAGCCGCCGCCUCCCCCGCCGUUCCUGCAGCCCGCCUGCUUCUUCGCAGCGGCGGCAGCGGCAGCGGCUGCCGUGGCCGCCUCACAGAGCGUGCAGCAGCAGCAGCAGCAGCAGCUGAGCCCGGCGACGGCGGCAGGCGGCCAACAGAACCAGCCCUCUCCAGGCGCCGCCAAAGCGCCUGUUGCGGCUGCGCCGAAGCCACAGCAGCAGGUCAAGCGGCAGCGCUCUUCGUCGCCGGAGUUGAUGCGCUGCAAGAGGCGCCUCAACUUCAGCAGCUUCGGCUACAGCCUCCCUCAGCAGCAGCCGGCGGCGGUGGCGCGGAGGAACGAGCGGGAGCGGAACCGCGUCAAGCUGGUCAACCUGGGCUUCGCCACGCUGCGCGAGCACGUCCCCAACGGCGCCGCCAACAAGAAGAUGAGCAAAGUGGAGACGCUGCGCUCGGCCGUCGAGUACAUCCGCGCCCUGCAGCAGCUGCUCGACGAGCACGACGCCGUCAGCGCCGCCUUCCAGGCCGGCGUCCUCUCGCCCACCAACUACCCCAACGACAUGAACUCCAUGGCAGGCUCGCCUGUGUCCUCCUACUCCUCGGACGAAGGAUCCUACGACCCUCUCAGCCCCGAAGAGCAGGAGCUGCUGGACUUCACCAACUGGUUCUGAGAGGAGCAGGCGGCCCUCUCGGCCAUGGCUUUUCGUUUGGGGGUCUUUUUUGCCGCAGGACUUGUUGCAAAACUGCUGCAUUUUCUUACUUUUAUUACGGAAAGGAAAAGAAAAAGUCAUACAGUGAAGCACAGAAGGAGCUGGACUGUCUGUCCAAGGAACCUGAAGCACUCCCUGAGUCUACCUUUGCACUCCAGAGUCCAGGCCAUCCCAAGAGACUAAGGCUGCAAAUGUAGGCAUAUUUACCUGGAGUAAGCCUCAUUGAAUAUGCUGGAACUUACUUCCAAGCAAACACGCAUAGGACCAGGCUGUACAAUGAGCUUAGAAGCUACAGGGGGCCCAUGAAGUGAUAAAGCAUUUAUGUGCAUGUUCUCCAUCCCCAAAGCAAAACAACAUUGUUCCACAUAAGUCUUCAACAGAGCAACGAGCUUCCCUUCUUGUUGAAAUAAACCCAUUUUGAAAGGCUGGUUAUCCACUGUUUUAUGAACACAAAUUGCAGUGCAAUUCUAAGCAUCUUUACUCAGAAAUCUCACAGAGUUUAAUAGGACAUUCACUAGUAAAUGGCCUUAGGAUUGUACCUAUGCAGCCUGAUCCUACGCAUGUUUGCUGAAAUCAGUGGAACUUACUCUCAAAGUAAGUGUACAGAGGAUUGCAGCCCUGGUUGCCAACUUGCCUAAUGCUUGUGGAGAUUUUGGAAAUCAAAACUAUGCUGUACUCAAAGAACCCUCUAAAGUGUUUCCCUCUCCCCUUUGUCCACUCCCCACCCUCUAGAAUUCCCAUCAUGAAAUGCUUCCAAUUUUUUUCUUGUGAACUUUUUAUUAUAUUAAAAAAAAUCUAUUUGUAUCAAUCCUAACCAAUUUUGGGGAUAUAUUAAGCUAUUUUUGUAUAUAAGAGACAGAGAAGUUUAUAGACAAUUUUUUGUACAAAUGGUUUAAAAUGUGUAUAUCUUGAUCACUUUUAAAAAAAAUAUGUAAUGCUUAUUACCUCUUCAUAUCUAGUACGUAGUCAACACAACCUUACAACUGCCAUGUUUUUGUUAUGUGCUUUUGUAAAGGACUUGGAAAUGCCUCCAGAUGUACUUUAGCACCAAUGUGUCUUACUUUUUUAUAGAAACUUUGCUAAUGUAUUAAUAAUAUUGUUAAACAAUGUUCAAAGUGAACAAAGUUUAUGCAGCUAUUGUCCAAACGCAAAAUGGUAGCUAUUUAUUUUACAAGCUGCUGCCUUUUGAAGAAAAAUCACUUUUACCACUGCCUUUUCAUACUGUUUUAUUACAAACUUACAAAAGUCAUGUAUAACCAUGUUUUAUACAAACUAGUUUGGUAAUAAAACUUUUGUUUCGA